CCAUCUCCCUCCUCCCCACCCAUCAUCAUGCCGACCGAGUACCACAAAUACAGCUUUCUGGGCAACGAGAUCAUUCUCGAGGUGCCGCUCUCGACAUUCCUCCUCGCUUUCGUCGGUGCGCUCACCCUCAUGACCUAUGCCAGUUCGCUGGUGCGCUUCCUCUUCGCGAUCACGGCUGGCAAGGGUGUGCCGCUGUACCGCUUCAAGGCGAGCAAGGGGACGACGUACGCGAUCGUGACUGGCUGCACAUCCGGCAUCGGGCUCGAGUUCGCGCGCCAGCUCGCGGCCGACGGCUUCGGCCUCAUCCUCGUCGGCCGCCGCCAGAGCGCGCUGGACGAGCUCGCGCGCGAGCUCGAGUCGGCGCACAAGAUCCGCGCGCUCUCCGUCGUCGCCGACGCCGCCGACCCGAAGGACCUGCACGCGGCUGUGGCGCGCGUCGCUGCCGUCGCGCGCACGGUUGACACCGGCAUCCUGAUCAACAACGUCGGUGCGAGCCACGAGAUGCCCGUCGCCUUCCACGAGACCGACCCCGCCGAGAUCGACAACAUCGUCCAGACCAACAUCAGCUGGACGCUGCAGCUCACACGCGCCAUCAUGCCCCUCCUCGUCGUGCGCUCUACGCCGGGCUAUGCGCCCAAGUCGCUCGUCAUGACCAUCGGCUCGCUCUCCGGCCGCAUCCCCUCCCCCCUCCUCGCAGCCUACAGCUGCACCAAGGGCGGCCUCAAGACGUGGAACCAGGCCCUCGCCGCCGAGGUCCAGAGCAAGGGCGUCGUGUGCACCAUGGUGUUCCCCGCGUUUGUGGUCUCGAACAUGUCCAAGAUCCGCAAGCCGAGCCUCACCGUCCCCACCGCCGAGAAGUUUGUCAAGUCGACCCUCGGCUCGAUCGGCGCCGCCCGCGGCGCGCAGGGUCGCCUCUACGAGAGCACCCCGUACCCCGCCCACGCGGUCAUGGACUACGCCGUCGGCUUGGCGGGCAACGCGAGCGAAAGCCUCGCCGUCAGCGUCAUCCACUCGAUGCACAAGGACAUCCGCAAGCGCGCCCUCAAGAAGAAGGAGCGCCAGCUCGCCGCCAAGACCGAGUAGGCGGUGCGCGCGGGCUUGCUCUCGGUUGUCGACGCCACAUCACCGAACACUCCUUGAUAGAAAUACAUAAUCUCACAUGCAGUAGUGUACAUGGG